ACGCCGUACUGGGUUGUUGUUAGUUUGUUACACUUACACAUCUCUCAUUUUUUCUUCCUGCAGUUUGCUUCAACUUCACUCUCUCUCCGCCCUUCUCAAACAUUAUUCGCUUCCACCUACUCAACAAAACUUCACACUCUUACCUCUCAUUCUCUCAAUUUACCUUCAAUUACAAAAUUAAAGGAGAAUCCAACUUCUCAAGCCCUUAAUUUGAGCUUCAUAUAGAUCGUAUAAGGUCAGUUUUGCUCUAAAAUUAUGCUCAAAUUCACCGCAUUUAGUAUUAUAAGUAUUCUUUGAUCUGCAUCCUUUCAUUAGUUUUUCUGGAAUCAUUGAUUUAUUAGUCAAAUUAGUAACUCUGGUAGCUGGAAACCAAGAUCUUAGUUUCUGGGUAUCUGACAAAAUCACAAAACCCUUGAUUUUGGUACUUUUGCUGCGUGGUGAUGAGAGAAACUUAGAAAUUAUGCGAAUUUGUGUAUUUGAACAACUGGGUUUUUGCAAGAUUAGUGGUUAAUUACAGUUUCCUAAGUUGGGUUUUUACGUUGAUUUUGUUUCAUUGUAAAAAAAAUUAAGUGAUUGAUCAUGAGGGUUUUGCCAAUUUUGACUUCACAUGUAGUAUUGUUAGUGUUUCUGUUGUUUAGUUUUACGAGUUGUGAUCUCGACUUCAGUUUCUUGGAUAAAGAAUUCGAACCCGAAAAUGGUGAUUUUGGAACCAACCCUAAUUAUGAUCGCUUAGAUGAAGUGAAAAAGGCUUGUUCUUCGGUCAUAGCUUCUGCUUCUGAAUUGAAAAUCGAUGACAAUGUAAUUGGUACAAUUAAAGAUAAGCUGUUUUUUAAUAAUGGAGAUUGGGAACAACAAGGAACUAGUGCACCUUUGUUGCCAUUCAAUGAUAAGCCACCAGAAAUGUCAUCUGUUUAUGAACAUGAUCAAUACAACUCAUCUCGUUUGAAACCGCCAUAUAAGCUUGUUUCUUUCAAAUUGACUGAUGUUAGUAAAUCACAUCUGUCUAAAAGAACUGUAGCUGUCAAUGGCUUUCUUUACUUGGUGAUUACCUCUAAUCUCCCUUUAGCCACCAUGUCAAGAAAACAAACACCUGAAACUGAAAACCCUGAAUUCUCCAUGUGGAGUGGACAUACUCAACUUGUUAUCAGUUUCCAAGGGAUUUACGCUGAAUCGAGAAAGAACGGUGGAGAGAGAACGUUGUGUAUGUUAGGUAGCACGAUGCUCCCUUCCCGUCAACCCGACUCUAGUGAUAACCAGCCUACACUACUGCAAGAUGAGCAAAUCCUGCUUCUUCUUAACAUUCCAAAGAAAGCUAGUCUACAGUAUAAGGCCAUUCAAGGUGAGAUGAGAAGUUUGAACUCGAAAACAAGUUUAAAGUACUUUGACAAAGUUCAAAUUACAUCUCAGUUACAAGCUAAUGCUCGUGAUUAUGAGUUUAGUCCUGAUGAGAUCAUAGCAAAGGCGUGUAAUCCAUUGUAUCCGUACUCAGAUACUUCCAUUAGUGGCGACAUUGAGGUGUACAAGGGUGCUGAUUUUUGUACAACACUUAAAAAAGGCACCAUUGAUGCGGCUUUUGUUGUUGUACCUCAUUGGAAAUGUAAUGGCACUGAUGAAUUUUGUAGCAAGUUUGGUCCUUUCGCUUCAGAUAAACAGAUUAACGCGACAGACGGAAGUUUCAAGGAUGUGAGAAUUCUUAUGCACAACAUUGUCUGUGUAACUGAAAAACCACGUGGUGAUGGUGGAGUUACGGCAAAAGUUUCUGCAGUUUUCAGGGCUUUUGAUGCUCCGAAUAUUCUAUUCAUUGAAAAUCAAAGAAGUGGAUUGGGAAAUAUGACACUUGUUGCCGAAGGGAUAUGGAAUUCUUCAACUGGACAACUUUGCAUGAUUGGCUGCCUUGGAGUUGUGGGUGUAGAAGAAAUCGAUCAUUGCGAUUCUCGGAUUUGUUUGUACAUACCUUUGUCAUUCUCCAUCAAACAAAGAAGCAUACUUCUUGGUAGCAUAUCAAGUAUCAAGAACAGCAAUCCCCCGUACUUCCCUUUAUCCCUCGAAAUGCUUUAUCAGAGCUUUGAUUACAUUUCUAACGGUUACAAAUACGCACAGCCGUUCUAUCACUAUUCAAAAAUCGAUGAUGCAGGAACUGUACUGGAGAAAUAUGAGCCUUUCAAUUUUGGAACUGUGAUCAAGAAAUCAUUGCUGACAUUUCCUAAACUUCAGGACUCGGAUGAUUAUUCUGACAGUCUCAGACUUCUUGCAGAAGACCUGACACUGUACGUAUCAGCUGUUCCUGAUCCUAUCCCUGUUUUUCAACCUUCGAGAACUAAGAUCGAGAUGGAGGUGCUUUCUCUUGGUCCAAUGUUCGGGCAUAAUUGGUUCUCAAAUGACUCCAUUGAUAAUACACCUUACCUUACAAAGGCUGCAUACACUGAGAAACAGCUUCUUUUAAACGUUUCCACUCAGUUUAAGCUGAAAGGAGGAUCUUAUAAUAACUUCUCAAUGCUUUUUCUGGAAGGAAUUUAUGAUCAACAUGUUGGAAGAAUGUAUUUGAUUGGUUGCAGAGAUGUCAGAGCUUCAUGGAAGGUGUUAUACGAGAGCAUUACGGACCUUGAAAAUGGCCUCGAUUGUUUAAUUGAAGUAGUGAUUUCAUAUCCACCAACUACAGCUCAAUGGGUAGUGACUCCAACAGUUAGCAUUUCCAUUUCUAGUAAAAGAACAGAAGAUGAUCCUUUCUACUUUAAGCAAGUACAGCUUCUCACACUUCCUAUAAUGUACAGAAAACAGAGAGUUGAUAUCCUUUCUCGAAGUGAUUUUGAAGGGAUUCUCAAAAUCUUAAACCUCUCUAUUGCUACUGCUUGCAUUUUGAGUCAACUAUUUUAUACCAGAAAUGCUUCAGAUUCUCUUCUUCCUUACAUGUCUCUUGUCAUGCUAGGAAGUCAAGUUAUUGGUUACGCUCUUCCUCUUGUUAUCGGUGUUGAAUCUCUUUCACAGAACAUGGAUUCUGAAUCAUCAUCUUAUGAUCUUGAGAAAAGUCAGUUGAUCAAGGUAAUUGAUUAUACUGUAAAGCUUCUUGUACUGGUAUGUCUUUUACUUACUCUUAGACUCUGCCAAAAAGUGUGGACUUCUCGUAUCAAGUUACUCUCACAGUCACAGAACUCCAACGACCCACAUCGAGUUCCUACUGAAAAACGGGUUGUUGUUGUUACGUUGUUCAUACACGUUGUUGGUUACAUAGUUGCUCUGAUUUCCCAUUCCUUGAAAACGGGACAACGGCCUACUUGGAUAGAGCAAUAUGUAGAUACAACGGGAAACCCUCACACGUUGAAGCCAUGGGAAACUCUGUUUGAAGAAUAUACAGGUUUGCUUCAAGAUCUUUUCCUUCUUCCUCAGAUUAUUGGCAACAUUAUAUGGCAGAUAAAUGGUAAACCUCUUAGGAAGGUGUAUUACAUGGGGAUCACUGUUGUCAGACUUCUUCCUCACAUGUAUGAUUAUAUUAGAGGUCCGGUCUCUAAUCCGUUCUUCUCUGAAGAGUACGAGUUUGUGAACAGAAAAUUUGAUUUUUACUCCGAGUUUGGGGAUAUUGCUAUACCUGUUUUGGCGAUUGCCUUUGCCGUGAUUGUGUAUAUACAGCAACGGUGGAAUUACGAGAAGCUUAGAAACACGCUUGCUCUUGGGAAACACGUACUUCCUCUGAACUCGAGAAUGUAUGAGAGGGUGCCUACUCAGUCAGCUGAAGCUGAGCUUGUUUCUGGUACCAAUAAUAACAGGAAUGUUCAAGAGAGUGAAGAGUAGACCUGUUUUCAAUGGGCCGGGUUAGGGCCGGGCCGAAAUUAAACGGUCCUCCGGGCUGGGCCUCUAGGGUUUUAAUGGGCCCCCAACCUGUUGAACAGGUCUAGUAAAGAGUAAUGUAUGUAUGUAUGUAUGUGGGUUAGGGCCGGGUCGGGUCAGGCUGGGACUAUUAGUGUAUAAAGGGCUGGGCCCAUUCUAAAACGGGCUUGAUUCAGGUCUAGUGAAGAGUAAUGUAUGCAUUAUAUAAGUUGUAUAAUCCUUAGCUUUCUCACUUGUAAUUUGUAAACUGUGUUUGAUCUGUAUUACUCUGUCUAUCCUGAUAUUCUGAUGGAUUAUUAAUCUAAUUCAUACGUUGUCUUUAUUUUGUUGA